GAGAGAGAGAGAGAGAGAGAGAGAGAGAGAGAGAGAGAGAGAGAAACCAGCGACACUCACUAACCACUAUCACUCCCACUCCCACGGUGGAGUCUUCACCGCAACAAAUUCUCCGGUCACCGUCUCCACCGUCAAUCCUCUUCUUCUCUGCAUGUUUUUUCUCUCACAAUCGUCGUCGAUUCUUUGCAUCCAGAACUUCAAUCCGUAACGGACGGUUUAAGAAGAAACGUUAAUGGAGAAGAGUGAAACGACGCUGGAUUUAGCUUCUCGGAGAUUUGCGAGGCACUUGGAUUUCACUGCCGUAUGUGGAGGUCCGGCGUACCUGACAUUGUCGCCACCGACGCUACAGUCGCAAACUAUUCUACAGUCGCCGACGCAGUCGCGUUCUCCGGCGCAAUUGACAUUGGAUUUUCAGUCAUUAAGUCAACGGCCGUGGUUACCUUUACAGCCACUGUGGAAACAGCAGAGAACGUCACAGUCUCCGCCGGUGAUGUCACAUUUACAAUCUCCGCAGUCACAGUUAGUUUCUCCUGUCCGUCGUUUACAGCACUCCUCACAGAAACUUCCGGUGAAGAGAAAGCACGAGUCUCCUAGAUCACAGCCUCAGAAUAAUGCAGGAUUAAAGGACAAUACUCCAAAGAAACAAAAACAGUGUAACUGCAAAAAUUCUCGAUGCCUUAAAUUGUACUGUGAGUGCUUUGCAGCUGGGAUCUACUGUGAUGGUUGCAACUGUCUGAAUUGUCAUAAUAAUGUGGACAAUGAGGCUGCCCGACAGGAGGCAGUUGGAAUAACUCUGGAAAGAAAUCCAAAUGCUUUCAGACCAAAAAUUGCAAGCAGUCCACUAAAACCAGAAGUUUCUAUGGAGGAAGUGUCUGAAACUCAAGUUACAGGAAAGCACAAUAAAGGAUGUCACUGCAAGAAAUCAGGUUGCCUUAAGAAGUACUGUGAGUGUUUCCAAGCCAAUAUUCUCUGCUCUGAAAAUUGUAAAUGCAUGGACUGCAAGAAUUUUGAAGGAAGUGACGAAAGAAGAGCAGUUUUCCAAGAAGACUGUAGACUAAUACAAAUCAGACAGGCAACAAAUGCGGCCAUUAGUGGAGCAGUUGGACCCUCCAGCUAUAUAACCCAUAUAACACCCAAAAAGAGAAAAAUCCCAGAAAUAUUUUCUGGCAAAUCGUUCAUAGAUCAAACUGUUGACAUGACUGGUCAAUACCAACAGGGUCACCAUUCAAAUUCAGCGUGUUUGGAUUUGAAAACAUGUGAAACUAAUAAGGAAUUUGAUCCCACAACUUCAUCUCCUUUAUCUCCGCCAGCUUCCUUUGUUUCUGACACUGCCAAUACAAUAAUUCCCGGAUCUUCAAGAUCUACAUACAGGUCUGUGUUGGCUGAUGUCCUCCAGACACAGAAUGUGAAGAAUCUUUGUUCACUUUUAGUUGUUCUCUCCGGAGAAGCUACAAAGAAAAAUGCAGAUCGAUUGCAUUUUCCAGAAAUGAGAGGGAAAGAAGUUAGAAAAAUAGAGACCAGGAAAUCUGAAGCUUCUACUUCAUCAGUUCAAUCGUUGCAAGACAGUCGAAAAGUUGUCAAGCCUGAUUGUGAGAAUCAUGCCAAUAAAGAUGUAACAGCUGCAGUUGAUAUUGACUUUCGUAAUAUGCAAUUGUCACCGGAAACACUUGAAUUGAUGUGUGAUGAACAGGAUGUGAUAUUUUUCGAUAAUGUUUCUGCAAAUGGAGUUGCAAUUGACAACACUGAACAUAACAUGAUUCAGAAGUCUUCCAAUUCUGAUGGAUGCUCAGAUACUUAUGCAGAGCAGGAAAGGCUUGUCCUGACCAAGUUCAGGGAUGUUCUUGGUGGACUCAUUACUCUUGGUAGCAUAAAAGGUCAGAUUCCAGAAGCAGAAAGUGGGAUCAGAAAUAAAUGACUCUGUUCUCUCUUGGGGGCAACGGUGAUGGUAAUAGCUGAAACUAAGGAAACUCUUGGCAACUGCACCUGCACUGCCAAUGGCUCCAUCCCAGCAGUUACUGAAAUAUAUCAUGCCACUAAUACAAAAGCUAAUGGACUUUAUACUAAUGAUCUUUCAUUGAGGUUGCCUUUGGAUGUAAUAACCCAGGGUGAUGAUCUGAUGUAUUGUGAACGACUUCAUUUUGUGUUGUUGACAGGACCGAAUUUUAAUCGUGAAAGACUUAGCCUAUGUUUGUUUCCGCGUCCAAGAGGCCAAAAGACGCACGUCUGGCCAAUGCUCCAAAUUGAAGCUUCUUACUUUUUCACGUUUUCUUUGCAUAGGAACGCGAGAAAUACCUUUCAAACGGGUUACCAAACACACGCUUACUAAGUUCCUAGCGACCUGACUUGUAUAUUAUAGUGAAAAAAUGUCUGUUUUGUAGUGCAGCCUGUAAUUGCUGCUGCAUGUGCAUAGUUAGAUAUUGGUUCUAUUCCCUUUAAAAUAAUUUGUCUGGAAAAACUAUCAACCACAUGUAACUGGAACUUCUUUCCUGACAUGGGCACAGAUAUCUUGUGUUCACUUUCAAGUAUAUUGAUAACGCUAUGUAAUUUCCACUAAAAGUUAUCUUUUGGUCUUAGAAA